AUGAUCGGCGAUAAGACUCCGGCGUUGCCGACUGAACUCUUGUCGAGGAUCGUGACGUGCCUCAUACCAGCGGUCGAUCCUAAUGCUUCCACUUUGCCACAUCCAAGCGGUGCCGACCUCGAUUAUGCGCCUGCAUUACCAUCCUCGCCUAACGGCGAUCUCCUCGCCGCUGCAUCAUCUUGCAAGCUACUUCACGAUAUCGCCAGUCAGGCACUUUACAGAGCGCCGCUACUUCGUACCUUGAAGUCUCUUAAUCUCCUUGCAAGGACGAUCGCUGCCGACGUCAAGAGGCAAAGCACUGCACCAUCUACCGGUGAGAACAGCGAAUGCAGCUGCGCGGCCAGAAUCCGCUCUAUCCACUUGCCUCCAGGUGACGGCCUGCUCCAACCAGGUGACACUCUCGCAGACCAGACCUGCUAUGUGGAUAGCCUGCGAAUGCUAUUCGACCAUGCGACCCGACUUGACUUUGUGUCGCUCGACCAUCGCCAAGCAGGAGCUGCAUUGCUCGAAUUCCUGCGUCCCUCGACUGCAUGCCGUCCUCGUCGGAUAACGCUCUCGAAUCUUUCGUUCUCGGCGCCGCCUUUUUCCACGACCCAGUCGCUUGCGCCGCUGUCCAAGCUAACGCACCUGCAUUUGAUAAAGAUCGUCCCACCGCCAGCUCUGAUCUCGUUCCUCGUUGGCGAGCAGAUCAAUGCAGAUGAGCAGGGCAACGUGCCAAGCAGCAUCAAAGCUGGAUUGUCACCACGCGAGACACUCGAAUGCCUGCGACUGUCGCUGUUGCCGCCGGAUGCGUUGGUCGAAUUCGAAGCAUACAUUGCAUGGAGACAGGCAUGGAAGGUGUACGAGAAGCUGACGCCUCAGCAACAGGCGCACGAGCCCGCUCCACGCGCACGAGCCCGCUCCACGCGCACCUCGAGGACCUGCAAGAAGGUUUGCCGUACAAGAAGCGCUCUAUGA